GGUGGAGAGCCGCCUGCGCAUGUCAAGGCUGACUGAGCAUACACGGUCAGGGGGCCCUGGAGAAGGGCAGCCAGUCGCCCGCCACCCAGGGUCCGGGCCCCGGCACGAUCCGGGGGCGAGCUCCAGGGAAGGACCUACCCUCCCUACCGCACUCCACCCCCCACCUCUGAGACUAUCGGGCAAACAGAAGCUUCUGCCUCCUCCUCGGUCCCUCUGGACCUCUCCGGGGAGCCGAGGGCGGGUGUGGACGGCACCAGGGUGGAACGAAUUUUGUAGCUCAGACGGGCGGCCCCGCUGGCUUCGGGAGUGGGGACACGCCCAGCUGGAGAAGCUGGUCACGGCGGAUGAAGCCAGAGCUCUCGGGUCUUGGUGGAUCCUGGUCGGAGCGUAGCUGUUCCUAGGGGAGGUGAGGGGUGGAUCAGCAUGGAACCUUUCGACAGCCCUGCAGCCUAGAGCCAGCCGUGCUGCUCACUUCCGAGCUGAGCUUUCUCCGAGGCGCAAACAGGAGAACCAGCUGUGCAACUGGAAUUUGAAGUUCCGGGGUGGGCGGGGAAGGUACUGUCCGUGGUGCUGAGCCGGAUCCCAGCAACCGGCUCCGGGGAGAGCGCGAAGCCGCUGAUCCGCUCCCUCGAAUUGGGGCGGUCGGCUAGGGUAGCUUGAAGCUGAAACCCUCGCCCAGCUCAAAAAGCCUGCAGAGCCUCCCCAGUCACCGGCGCUUGGCCCUUAUUUCAGUCAGAAAAUCGCCCCCUUGGGGCAGUUCGUCCCAAAGGGUUUCCUCGAAAGUGCCUGAGAGGGCGCAGUUCUUGACCGAGGGAAUCUCUCUGUUUAGCCGUGGAAGCCACCCGCUGAAAAAGAUGCCUGCCUUCAACAGAUUGUUUCCCCUGGCUUCCCUCGUGCUCAUCUUCUGGGCCCAUGUCUGCUUCCCCGUGUGUGUCGAAGUGCCCUCGGAGACGGAGGCCGUUCAGGGCAACCCCAUGAAGCUGCGCUGCAUCUCCUGCAUGAAGAGGGAGGAGGUGGAGGCCACCACGGUGGUGGAAUGGUUCUACAGGCCUGAGGGCGGUAAAGAUUUCCUUAUCUAUGAGUAUCGGAAUGGUCACCAGGAGGUGGAAAGCCCCUUCCAGGGACGCCUGCAGUGGAAUGGGAGCAAGGACUUGCAGGACGUGUCCAUCACUGUGCUCAACGUCACCCUGAACGACUCUGGCCUCUACACCUGCAAUGUGUCCCGGGAGUUUGAGUUUGAGGCACAUCGCCCCUUUGUGAAGACCACACGGCUGAUCCCCCUCCGAGUCACCGAGGAGGCUGGAGAGGACUUCACCUCUGUGGUCUCAGAAAUCAUGAUGUACAUUCUCCUGGUCUUCCUCACCUUGUGGCUGCUCAUCGAGAUGAUAUAUUGCUACAGGAAGGUCUCAAAGGCGGAAGAGGCAGCCCAAGAAAAUGCGUCUGACUACCUUGCCAUCCCAUCAGAGAACAAGGAGAACUCUGCAGUCCCAGUGGAGGAAUAGCAGAGAAGGGGUGUGACUUGAGGUGGCCUGAACACUGAGGGACCGGAUAUCCCUGGUUCAAUGAUGUCAACAACGUCAGGAGGGUGCCCUAGGGGCCACGUCACUUCCCUUCAUGCAUCCAUCCUUCUGUUCAUUCAUCAUACAUCCACUCACCUCUGAACUUUCACCUCUGACUUUCUAACUCCAUCGGACCUCUACAAACCAUAAAACUUUGCCAGAACUGAGGAGCCAACAUUUCUACAUGGACUCAACCUCACCUAGUCCUAGCUUUCAAGCAAGCAGCUCCCAUGCCAACUGGACUUCUUCCCUGUGGUCCAAAUGACUUUGUACAUGUGCUGGAGGUGGCACACCCCACUGCCCCUAACUGGCUGGAAGUGGCUCAUUCUCCAUUGCUGCAAGUGAAUGGAUGUCUUAAUGGAAGGAAGCAGGAAUGAUUAAUUCGGGUUAAAGCGAGAGUGUCAUGAAGUGGGAUUCUUUGAAGUCAGUUUUUCUCAAGUUUCUAGCCCACUUGGCUAGAGCAUCAGAGCAAAGCAUGCCUUUCUAGGUUCUCCAGUGAUAGAAAGUUCACCAGGUAUGGACUAAAAUGUUCUCUGGAGCUUAGUACUCCAGAGCUAGAUCCUGAUAGGUCUCUAAGGCCUGGGGUGGACUCAGUCCUUCAUGAAGCCAAGGACAGGAGACUUGGGAAGAAUUGAAAGCAACUUAAGUAACUCUUAAAAGUCACAGAAAAUAUUCGUGAUCCUAUUAGGGGAAUGUAUGCUCCCUUCCCACAGGAGCACACCGCCUGAGAGAGCUGGGAGGCAUUAUUUUCCUGUGGGCACUGGAACUGAGAUUCCUAAGUUCCUCCUCGUAAAAUGUCUGUGGAUCAGUAUUAUUUCUCAUUUUAUAGGAGGCAGCUGAGACUCAGAUGGGGCUCAACUGAGUAAGAGACGUCAGAGGACAAACUGGAGCAGAGAUGAGCCUUAGCUGCUGCCCAGUUUACACUUUGGGAGAUGGGAUAAUUUUCUUUUUAAAAAGACUUCGAUCCUGAGCUUGACUCUGGCCAUGCCUCUUUCACAAGCACAGGUUGAGGUGGAUUGCCUGGCUGAGAUGAACUCUCAUAGAUUCAGGUAACUAGAAAUUGGCCCAAAAGGCAGAGAGAAGGCCAUGAGGGAGACUCGAAGAAUUUCCUUAGUGAAAAGAUUUGUGAAGCUGAAACAUGCUCCAGAAGGAGAUUGCAUCUGGGAAUGACGUUUAAACUAAGAAACAUGCAUUUUCGUCUGAGAGGGAUGGUGAGCGAAUGAAUAAGUGAUAGAGGCAGCACGGGCUAGGUGGCUUCCAAAUAUUUCACCUGUGAACCCACAACGUCCAGGGUUUUUUUUCCCCUAGAUUUUGGGAAAGCAGAGGAACACUGGAAAAAUUUUAGUUGAUAUCUCAUGUUUGAUUUUAAUUGAGUGAGUGGUCCAAGACUGAUGUCCUUCAGCACCUAGCGAUGAGCGAGGGGAAGGAUGCUUUAUGAGAUAUGAGAUGAAAGUGACUGGGAUUCAGUGAGAGACAUGUCCCUCAGAUUUGCGGGAAUAUAUAGGGAAAGAUCAGACUCCAUUGGCUGUGGCCCCCACCUGACAAACUCAUUUUUUCAUCUCUUCCAUCACUGAGGAAGUACUUGAAACAAGUCCUUGUUCACAUAACAAAGAGUCCGAUUUUAUUGAAGACAAUACUUUCAAUAAAUUCAAGGCUCUUCUUACUGGUAAUUUCUCACAUAAUAUCUCUGAAAUACGGGACAGAAUAUAGAUCAUUCUUCUUACUUUAUAAUUAGGAAAAUAGGUCUGGAUUACUGCGAGGUUUUCCCAGUCACAUGGCUGGUUGAUGGCAGAGCUUGCAGUAGAAGCAACCUCCUUCCUACCACUCCACUUUCCUCUUGGUUCCAGCAGACCAUUAUCUAACUUGUAAUCAACUUUUAUCUUUUAAAAAAGCCCAACUCAGAUGUUUCCUGAGUGAUUUUUAAUGAGCUGAAUGGUACCUGUCAUUUCUCUUACGUAUCCUUUACAAGUAACUUCUCUAUUAUUUUCUUUUAACUUCUGAACUCUUCUCAUCUUAAUACUUUCAUUAGAGCUAUAUGGUUUACAGAGCAUUUUCAUUUCAGUUAUCUUAUUUCUUCUCCAGAACUAGCCCUGAGAUGGAUAUUACUAAUACCCAUGUAACAAGUGCAGAAACCAAGGCUGUCUGAGGCUAAGUAACUUUACCAAAUCCUAAGUUCACAUAGCUGGUAAAUGGAGAGCUGGAAUCCAGGUCUUCUGACUUCUGGCCCAGUUCUCAUUCCACUUAAACCAUAGCUGCUUCCUUUCCUCUCAUUUUUUAAUGUCCGUCUAAUCUUUGUGUCUCUUGCUUGUGCUGAAAUGUUCACCAUCUUCUCUCAUUCCUAAUCCCAGCUGACUGCUCCUCUACCACUUUGCUUCUUGGCAGAUGCUAGAAAUGUGCUUUGAGAUCAAUCUCAUUUUGGUUUUUCCUUUCUAGUUGGUUUGUAUAUCAUUAUUUCUCCUGAACUGCGAUUAAACUCCUUCCUGGGAGACUUGAUCCUGACUAUAAAUCUACAAGGUACUGUGAUCACUCGCCUGCUUCAUAUCCUCACCCACCUCCCUGUUUCUCCCCAUAUUCCUACAAAGGACCCAGACUAAUGUGCACUGCUCUGGAAGCUUUAUCUGGCAAGCUAUUCUUUUUAAAGGGCUUAGAAAUGUUCUCAAGGGCUACUAUCACUUUAGGAACCCCAUCUGUUGUCUUGGUGCUGGAUAUUUCCUAUGACUAAUCCUCAGUAACACAAUUCACUAAAGGCCAAGCUAGGCUGGGUCUGAUUUUUCCCUUUCCUACUGCGUAACAGCUGUGAACUUGAUUGCUCAACUCAGUUGGUCCUGUAAACACCUUGCCCUACUGACCUUUACUGUCAGCUCAGUCUUGUAUCGCAGCCCCAACUCCUGCUUGGAAACACCUUGAUAGUGCCAGUCCCUACCCCAAUCUUUAUUGUCAGUUUGUUUAAAAGCAUUAUCCUUUAAUUUCUCCAUCCCCAAACAUCCACACAUCCAGCUUUCUGAUUCUCUGAGUUUCUGGUUUCUCCUUAGAUGACAAACUAGAAAUGUUAGUAGGAAAGGAACUUUUUCAAAGCAGGAAUAUACUGGAAAUAUGUGUAGAGCAGUGAAUGGUUAAGAGAAGACAGUAGCUCCCUCUACUCCCCCCAAAACUACUAGAUCAAAAAGCAAAAUAUACCCAUCUCAGAAUCUCUGAAUCCACUUGACAUAAAUCAGAGAGAAAAGGCUAUGUAACUGCAUCUUUACAGGAAGGAGGAGGAGAUUUAGACAUCUUUCAGAAUAUUUCUUGGUGCCCCUUUCCCAAGUUAACAUGGAAAUUGAAAAAUAAAAAAAGCUUCCUUCUCACCUCUUUUUGUAAAUGAAAAACCCCCAACCCAGUGAAUUCACCUAGUCACUGCAAAUGUAUCUGAAUAGUAUUUGGUGUGUUCGUUACUCCAAUCAUCCACUCAUUCUACAUUUCAGCACCCACUCUUUGUCAAGCACCAAUCUACACUCUCAGUGUGCACCAUGGUCUUAGGGCUGAAAAACACCAUCAUCCAAGCCUUUCCUAAUCUGUAAAACUCUGUGGUAAAUAACUCACGUUGAGUUUUCCCCUCUUACUUGAGUUUACAGUAGCACCCAGUAGACAAGCAACUUAAGCCAACUCUGAGUUGUAGACUAGACUCAACCUCUCUUACAGGCUGGCUAACCCUCAAGGCUGGUAAUACUCUUCCCCAGAGUCAUCAUUUGGCAAGAGCUGCAUCUGCUGGGCAGUGUGUGUGAUGGGAGGGAGGCCGCUGGAGGACAAGUGCUUGUAGGUCUGUGAAAUGCCAUCAAACACAAUUAGCAAACUCUCACAGUCUUGCAACUGAUGGAACUCUUUACCACAAUGUCACCUUCAUAUUGCUUUUUCUUGAUUUUCCACAGCCAAUCUCUUUCUGAACCCUAGAAAUGUUGUUCCUGACCACCCAACCACUUGACAACCUAAUGCCUGUAUGUAGUGUUUUUCAGUAAAUUCCAUGUUUGUGUCAAUAAAGUGUCUCCAAACACUGCUUGCUCUGGUUUUGCUCUAUGUGUCUUCUACAUAGACUAUGGCUUCUACCUACCUCCCCAGCCAGCAUGGAUUCCUGAAUUCACAACCAGUGAAUAUACGCCCAGAGAAUGACAAUCCUCCUCUACCCAAAUACAGAGGAAUACAAGAGUCGUUUGUGUUCUCAACUGCCUGACAUCAAACAAGUUUCCUACCAGGUGGCGAGGGGCUAACUGCAAGGAAGACAUAAUGAAGGGAGGGGCCACAUGGCUCUCAGCUCUACCAGCUUAGGUAACAUAAGCCAAUAAAGCAAAGCUGUCUCCCAAUGUCCAUCUUCCUGGAAGUACUAAGGCCCCAAAAAGGAAAAGUGCAACAAGAAAUCAUCAUUGGGAUUUACAGUCCACCAUAAUCUCCUAUAGUAACAACAGUACUGAUUAAUAAUGAAACAAAAAAUUAUCUUAGUAUAGUACCAGCCACUAUA